GUUUGGCAGUAAUGACCCGGCCACUUAUGCUGGGGAGAUGGGCCUUGUCGAAGAUGAGCCUGUCCAUUUGAGGAUACGCUCAGCACAUCCGGGUCAACGUGAUACCGACUGCAUUGACCUGACGGUAAUGCCCUUCAAUACCUGGCAGAUGAUCAAGAAGCAGAUGCGGGAACACCGCUCUGGACUCAGGGCGAUUCCGGAUCACAACAUCAGGCUACUGCACAAGGGAAUUGAACUGCGUAACAGACACUGCGUAGAGACCUACAUCAAGAACAGUACGGCAUUCAGUCCGGCAGAGAUCCAAUUUGUCCUCCUAGAUCAGGGCGACAGGAUGGAUUCCGAGGCCAAAGACAUCGGGAUGUAUCGAGAUGAGCAAGUGCCCACGCGGUCCUCGUUGCUCGAGUUAGUCAAUGAGAUUAGUGAUGCAAUGCGGACCGGCAUCAAGCCCAAGCUGACGGAAGAUGGAACUGGAGCCACGUACAUGCUUAGAGGAGCCUCCUCUGGAAAGACCUUGGCUGUGUUCAAGCCAAAGGAUGAGGAAGCUUUUGCACCGAACAAUCCACGUGGCUAUGUGGCCGAGGAGAAUUCGCCGAGCUUGCGGCAGGGUGUUUGUUCCACGCAGCAGGCCGCUCGAGAGGUGGCUGCCUAUUUGCUGGACCACAAACAAUUCGCAGGGGUUCCUCCAACUACGAUGGUACAUGCGAAGCAUCCAUCGUUCGUGAAUCCCAACAAGAAGGUGGCCUGGAAGAUUGGCGCGUUCCAAGAGUUCGUCCAUUCGCAGGGCACCUGCGGGGAUUACGGUCGCCAGAUGUUCAGCGUGCCCUCAGUCCACGCGAUCGGUAUCCUGGAUGUGCGGCUCGUGAACUUGGACCGGAACGACGGCAACUUGCUCGUGGCCAUCGAAAACCGAAGGCCGAAGCUGAUUCCCAUUGACCACGGCCUUUCCCUUCCAGACCGAUUGGAGGUCUAUACCUGCGACCUGGUUUGGAUGGAGUGGCCUCAGGCCCGAGAGCCCUUUGGAGCCAAAGAACUGGAGUAUAUCAGGGCUUUGGAUGGAGCUCGGGAUGCUGUGAGCAUCGAAAGGCAGGUCGGAGUGCGUCGGGAGUGCCUUCGUUUAAUGGAGGUGACCACGAUGCUUUUGCAAAAGGGAGCGGAGCAUGGAUUGACCUUGCACCAAAUAGGUCUCAUUAUGUACAGAGAGGAUCGAUGCAGCGAAGAUGAGUCUCCAGUUCAGCCCAGUGUUUUAGAGAAGAUGAUCACGCGCUGUGUUGAUUCAGCAUUGGCAGCUGUGGGUGAAGGACAUGGUACAGUCUCAUCAACAGUGGAAAGUUUGGAUCUUGAUUCAAUUCGGGCUUGCUCACCAAUACGUCGACAAGUUUCCCCAGGCCAUUCCUUUCCAGCUUGUCCGUCUCCUUUGCCAUCGCCAAUGAUUUCACCAGCUGUUUGCAAUUUUAAGGCAGAUUUACAUCUGCCACCUCUUGACGAUGCCGAUGAUGAGUUCGACCUACAAUGCACAGAGUUUGACUUUGGACGGGCUGCGAGCCCGGAAGGUCGAGGCGAUCACGAUGGACGGAGCGGCGACCACCAGGACGAGAGCCCGGAUGAGACCGUAGCUCUUCGAAAAGUGCGUGGUUCUGCCGCCAGACACAGGCAGCACCUUUCGGUGCGACCCUCGGCUCUGGGUGCCAGCGGUGCCAGCCGAGAAGGCUCAGGAAAAGAUGCAUCUAGUGCCAUCUUUGCGAGACCCAAUUUGGAUGGCUCCAAAUGGUCGCACCGGCUGGAGCAGGCCUUCAAGCGGCAUUUUGAAGUCCAACUCACGGACUACUUCAAGAAACAUUUCGCCAACGCAAGCUCGAAGCCUGCAGGUGAUGACGGUAAAGCUGAAACCAAAGCUGAGUCUUCCCUUGCCAGUGCCUUCGGCGUGCGGCCCAGUGAUGUUGAUUAAGAUGGGUGGGACUUUGGUCACAAGAACCGUGUUUUAUUAGAAUGUGGCAUGUCAGCAGUCAAUUGAGCGAGUGUCAAAAAGACCUCGUGUCUCAAUUGAUUGCUGUACAGAAGGCUCCAAAGAUAGGCUCGGUGGUUGGAAUUCACAGACUGACAUGAAGGUGGGACCUCCUGCACCGUGCCAAAACUGGCAGGGCCUGGUUGCCAGCGCAGCUUCGUACCCUGGGCAGGCCUCUUAGCACCUGCACCUUGUGGCAGGCCAGAUCACCAGUUUCGGCACGCCGUCAGUUUGCUACCCAGCACCGUAGUGGUGGUUCCCAAGUGGUGGGGAAGCUACGGCAAGGAGUUUCGUGUUGCUGCGUACUACUUGUUUUUUAUUGACUGUACACUCCCUAGAACAAUCAUGGAAGCGGAAUGUAGGCCACCAUCUAGGUGGUUUUCCACUUCCAUGAUUUUUUGAGGCCCCUCUCUAGAGUGCCCUCUCAGCUGGCGCCGCUGGCUCCUUGGGUCACGCCGGACAUCACCCGAGCCCUCCCACGCUGCAACCGGACGCUGCGAGCUGCCGGCGCAACCGGGCGACACCGCGGGAGAGCUGGACCGUCAGGUGCGAUUGCGGGGCCUGAUCUUCCAGGCUGUGGAUGCUUUUCGGUUUACAGUCUUCGUCCAGGACACGAACCACAACAGGCUGAGGGUCGCCGGAAGACCUGCUCUGGCUGUGUGACAGAGAGGUCGUGUGCUUUGAGCAAACCGUUUUGGCAAAGGGUGUCAGGGCGUUUGCAACAAGCACGUGGUGUCAGAACAUUUUCAAGAAGACAAACAAUCAAUUAUUGAAAAUUU